AUGUCUUCUACAUCAUUUCCUAUUCUGUAUUCUGAUGAUUACAUUAGCAAGGAUCUUCUAUUAUCUCAAUUCCGGAAACUGGAUCACUGGUCCGAUGUAUACCAGCACUGCCCCCCAUCAUAUAUCCAAGCAUUCUCUUUCUUAUCCCCUCGUGGUUCAUACAAAAAUGUCAAGAAAACGAAAACGGCCUAUUGA